AUGCGCACCCUCUUCCUCAUCACCCUAACCGCGCUCCUCCUCAGCAGCAGCAGCACCACGCACGCGCUGCCCGCUCCCCAAGCGCCGGCCGAGUUCAUCGCGCCGAUCGAAAUCACAAAAGAUGUCCUGAUCCAGCUGCCAGGCAACAUCAAGACGCAGCCGUUCGGGGGCAAGAACUGCUACGGGCGAUGGAACGAAGCUAAGCGUUGUCGCAAAGCUGUCGACGGGACCUUCGUACCCCGCACUUUUGUCGUCGCAAGCGAUGACCAUGUUUGGCAGUGCUGCUUUGAUGGGAGCAAGAUACCGAUUUUCCCGGGGGAGGGGCUGAAGGGGAAGGAGGUGCUGAAGCAGUGGGAGGCGGGGGAGUGGGAUGUUUAG